UGAGUGGGGUACAGCGGUACAGUUGCAGCAGUUAAAUUGCAUCGAAGCGGUUGCAACAGAGAAACCCACAGCCCCCGCGAGCAUGGCAUCCGCGUCAGACAACCCUCUCCUCCUGCGGGCGUGGCUCCUGCUGUUCCUCGCGGCGUCGACGGGCGUGAUGGCGACGGGUUCGGGGCCCAGCGGCGACUUCAAGGCGGCGAGGGACUACGGCGCCAGCGGGUCACACAGCCACAUGCGACAGCACCACCACGACCGAGCCAAGGGCGCCUCCGAAGGGCAUCACCACCACAGACCCCGACAGACGCUGGACAAUACCAAGCUCCUGCAGGAUAGUGACCUUGUGCAUGAUACCGAACACAUGAAGGAAGAGAUGCCGGAAUACCUGACGCCUGACACCAUUAAGAACAUGUCUCCGAGGGAACUUGACUACCAUUAUUUUAAACUCCACGACUUCGACGAGAACCUCCGCCUCGAUGGCCUAGAGCUCCUGGCCGCCCUCGGUCACGUCCACGCCGAUGACGAUGACGAUGACGACGACGACGACGGAGGAGAAGGACUGAGCCCGGAGCAGAAGAGGAUCCGAGAGAAUUUUAUGCGCCAGAAAUAUGAGGAGGACUUCCGGUUGUAUGUCCAACUGAUCGACGAAGUGUUUGAGGACAACGACACGAACAAGGACGGCUUCCUGAGCUGGGCGGAGUACCUCAAGGCGAGGCAGGUGAACGACGAGAAGCGCAAACAACUGUAAACAAAAGUGGUUCUGGGGAGUCCUGUGGGGGGAGUGGAUUGGCAUUAAUGUGUGAUAAUCCGUAUACAUUCAUAUGCAUACAUACUCGUACUCAUGAACAAACAAUUAAUCAAGCACACACACACACACACACACACACACACACACACA